AUUUAUUUCAUUAUAACAUAUAGGAAAAAAUUUAUUAUAAAAAUUUGUAGGUUAUCCGCACAAAUAAAGUUCCUUUUGACGUAAAUUUAACAAGAAAAAAAAACUCAAAAGAACAUUAACAAAGUUAGUGAUUUAAUUUUUAACAAAUACGGAUUUUGUAACAUGUGCAAAAAAGAAUUUAGGUGCAAAAAAAAAAGUCGUCACGUCUACUGACAUAAUGACAGAUUGACGUGUACUAAUUUAAUCAUUAUUAUAACAAAAGCAAAAAAAGUAAAUCAAUUUCGAAAAGAAAGUAACAGAAAAUCAAAAAAAAAAUGGGUGCAACUCCCAGUCGACAUGAUGAUUUAUCAAAAAAUUCAUACCUGGAACGUUUUUGUAGUAAGGAACCUAUAAUGCCGAACGAUAUAUUUUGGAAUAGAUUUUUAUCAUUUAAUAUACGUCCGCCUUUAACGAGAACCGAUCAAAUUGAACUUGAUUCUCGAUUAGAUAUAACAUGCCAAAAGUUGCUGGUCAACAAUCAUACAACUGGGAAUAUAGGUUCUUUAAUUGAAGUCGCACUUUCGAGGAUGGCUGAAUUGCUUCUUUCGAAACAAUCUGAAAAUAUUGUUUAUACAUGGCAAACAUACAAUUCUUUGUUUGCAAUUCGAUGUGUUUUAAAGUACUUUAUCGAAACAAUAGGAGAAAACGAAAUGGUACAGCACACAGAAGUGCAAGCUAUAGAAUCGGAAAUACAAGAUGCAAUUCCUAUUAGAUUGCAGUCAUUUUUCGAAGCUCUGAAAGAUGUUAUUGUCAAUGUUCCCUUAAGUGAUCUUACCUAUUUGGUACAUUUGGAAGCAAUAAAUUGUUUACUUGUACUAUUAUCGGUGCAAUUAUUUUCACAAACAUCGGCGGAAUACAGUAUUUGUUAUCGAAUAAUAAUGCAUCAGGAGCAGAGUGCAUUUGCUCCAAUUAUUAUUUGCACAUUAUUAAAUAAUUUUAUUCAACAAGAGCAUGCACCACCUGGAUUACUUACUCAACCCCAUGGAAGCAGUCUUGUUCUAAGUAUUGCCGCGGGAUUAUGGAAUGUCAUCACGCUUGGAAUAGGAAAUAGUCGGAAAAAUGUACAAAUAAGUAGUGGAGGUGCAAACGAGGAAAUAGAACGAAAAAGAGACACUGAAACCCCAUUAGCUAGUCAAUCAUUGUUAUUGUUACUAGUAUUGACAAAUCACUGGACAACUUCCCAUAAUCCUUAUAGAGAUGCAUUAUUUUCUUUUACAGAUGUGCCAGAUGAUAAUUCUGCGGCCCAAUCGAAAGUGAUUCCUUCAUUUAGAUUUAAUUUCGAUAAAUUGUAUAAUACUAUUUGUAAAAUAACAAAUACUGACGAGGUAACGCUACUUUUAUACAUGCUUUUAUACAGAAAUCCAAAUGUCAAGCAAUAUAUUAUGAAACGAGACGAUAUUCAAUUAUUGGUGAUACCAAUUUUAAGAAUUUUGUACAACGCACCAGACAAUACAUCUCAUCAUAUUUACAUGUCCCUUAUUAUUCUUUUAAUUUUAAGUGAAGAUGAAUUAUUUAAUAAAAGAGUCCACGAGAUCACGUUAAAAGGAAUAACUUGGUAUACGGAGAGAUCGAUAAGUGAAAUUUCUCUUGGUGGAUUAUUAGUUCUUGUAGUAAUAAGGACAAUUCAGUAUAAUAUGCUAAAAAUGCGUGAUAAAUAUUUACAUACAAAUUGUUUGGCUGCUUUGGCAAAUAUGUCAAGUCAAUUUAGAAAUUUGCAUCCUUAUGUAAGUCAAAGACUUGUCAGUUUAUUUGAGACAUUGGCAAAGAAGCAUGUUAAAUUAGAGACAAAAAUUCGCAAUCAACCACCAUCGAAUUCAACUGAUCAGGAAAAUGCCAAUGGAGGCGUUGUGAAUGCAGAUUUGAUUCAGGACCUAACGAUUUUGGAGGAGGUGCUACGAAUGGUGUUGGAAAUAAUAAAUAGUUGUUUAACGCAUCAAUUGCCUGAAAAUCCAAAUCUCGUUUAUACACUUUUAUACAAAAGAGAAGUUUUUCAACCAUUCACGAUGCAUUCCGCGUUUCAAGAUAUUGUUCAAAAUAUAGAAUCGGUAAUAAAUUUUUUCUCCUACAAAUUGGAGCAAAAUGAUCAGUCUCAAAUUGGUGUCAAUGAAGUUUUAGCUACCAUUCAACAAGGAACUAGUCAAUGGCCAAAAGAUCGUUUGCGGAAAUUUCCCGAACUAAAAUUCAAAUACGUUGAGGAGGAACAACCGGAAGAAUUUUUCAUUCCUUACGUAUGGAGUGUAGUUUGUCAAGGAGCACUACUUCAUUGGAGUGCUGAGAAUAUAAAAUUAUUUUUACCAAGUAGCGGCGAACAAACGACGAUUGUCGUUUGCUGAUUGACAAUGGAUAUAUUUUCUUUAUUUUCCAAGGUGAGCCAAUUAUUCUUUCAAUAAUUUUUUUCUUUUCUUUUUUCUUUUAAUAGCGCCCAUUACUCACCUAUACGAACUGCUACUAUUAUAUGUAUGGUUAAUUGUUUUUUUUGUGUUAUAUUAUAAAAAAAAGAGACUUAAACUAAUGAAGCUGGAGACUUAGACUUGUAUUUGUUUGUGCAAUAUUGGUGAGGGAUAAUUUUUUUUUUUUUUUUUU